AAUCCCAUCGCUGCCAAGUUAAUUUUUCACCGCUGCUUCUACCGUCGCGUCGUCCCUUCCGACCGCUCGCUCCCUGGCCCUGCGCCCCUGUCUCUCCCUCCCCCUAGGGUUUUUACCGCACCCGCUUCCGACCCGUCGGCGUCAGCCGCAGCGGUAGCGUAGCCGGGCUGCAAGGGGACAACGAGGGUUUUGGGACGGACGGCGGGAGAUUCAAAGUGCUGUCACGAAGGAGGCAGCGGAGAGCCGGAGACCAUGAGGCCGGUGUUCUGCGGCAACUUCGACCACGACACCCGCCAGUAUGACCUCGAGCGCCUCUUCUCCAAGUACGGCUCCAUCAGCCGGAUCGACAUGAAGACAGGCUAUGCUUUCAUUUACUUUGAAGAUGAGCGUGAUGCAGAGGAUGCUAUAAGGCGCCUCGACAACGUGUCUUUUGGUUAUGACAGGCGCAAACUCUCUGUAGAAUGGUCCAGGCAAGUUGAACCAGUGCCAAAGAGCCGUGAUAGACCUACUGGGGAUGUAAAGCCAACGAGAACCCUCUUUGUUAUCAAUUUUGACCCCAUGCGCACUAAGGUUCAAGAUAUCGAGAGGCAUUUCGAACCUUACGGCAAGAUUGCCAACAUUCGCAUUCGAAGGAACUUUGCGUUCGUACAGUAUGAGACACAAGAGGAAGCUAGUGCUGCUGUCAAGAACACUGACAAGAGCACCAUAUUGGACAGGGUAGUGACUGUUGAAUAUGCCUUCCGGGAUGAUGACAGCGAGAGAGAUGACAGAUACGGCAGCCCCAAGCGAGGUGCUUAUGACAGGCGUCGUGGUAACCCCUACUUGCGCUCACCUAGCCCAAGGUACCGAAGGGAGUACAGUCCAGAUUAUGAUCGGCGUGGGCGUUAUCCUGGGUAUGAUCGCCGUGACGGAGCAAUGUAUGAAAGGCGAAGCCCUGUAUAUGAUCGCUACAAUAGGGGCAGAAGCCCUGUAUAUGAUCGCUACAACAGGGGCAGAAGCCCUGUUUAUGAUGGCUAUGAUAGGAGAGGAAGCCCUGGCUAUGAUCAAUAUUAGUCUGUGAGAUUCGGAAGAACCUGUAAGAGGAAGAAGUGGUAAGCAACAUGAUUUUGCCAUGCCAAGUAUACCUGGAUCAGCCGUGGUGUCGUGAGUGGUGUGGUGAAAGAGUUACUGUUCCAAGUAUAUCCGAGUGUUGUCAUGUAACGUGAUGCUGGUUUCCUGGUUCCCGUUGUUGAUUGCAACAAAAUCCCGCAUCUCAAAGAAAUUGGAUGCAUGGAUUGCUUGCCAUUGCCACCUUGGCUGCUUUUAAGUAUAACCUGUGCUGCUGAAACUUGAAAUGUAAUGGUAGUCGACUGACUUAUACACCGAACUUUUGCAUUCCCAGUUUUUAGGGAAUCCCCAGUUUUUAGGCUUGUGAACUGUUAACUAGUGGCGGGCAUUCAGCUGUGUUCAGCGUA